AGUCCAUCAGGCGGGACAGGACGGGGCAGGGUACUGGACGGUCAGACCCCCAGCAUUUCGCUAUCGCGCUGCAGGAGACCCGAAGAAAGUUUCGGGCAAUCCCUGCCUCCGGGGUUGGGCGAAGCCAGGACUGCGCUGCUCCCCGCCGGGAUAUGGAGCUCCUGUCGCCGCCACUCCGCGACGUAGACUUGACUGGCCCCGACGGCUCUCUUUGCAACUUUGCCACAACGGACGACUUCUACGAUGACCCGUGUUUCGACUCCCCGGACCUGCGCUUCUUCGAGGACCUGGACCCGCGCCUCGUGCACGUGGGCGCGCUCCUAAAGCCCGAGGAGCCAUCGCAUUUCCCCGCGGCCGUGCACCCGGCCCCCGGCGCGCGCGAGGACGAGCAUGUGCGCGCGCCCAGCGGGCACCACCAGGCGGGUCGCUGUCUACUGUGGGCCUGCAAGGCAUGCAAGCGCAAGACCACCAACGCUGACCGCCGCAAGGCCGCCACCAUGCGCGAGCGGCGCCGCCUGAGCAAAGUCAACGAAGCCUUCGAGACGCUCAAGCGCUGCACGUCUAGCAAUCCUAACCAGCGUCUGCCCAAGGUGGAGAUCCUGCGCAACGCAAUCCGUUAUAUCGAAGGCCUGCAGGAGCUGCUGCGCGACCAGGACGCCGCGCCCCCUGGCGCCGCUGCCGCCUUCUACGCGCCCGGCCCGUUGCCCCCCGGCCGCGGCGGUGAGCACUACAGCGGCGACUCGGACGCGUCCAGCCCGCGCUCCAACUGCUCCGACGGCAUGAUGGACUACAGCGGCCCCCCAAGCGGUGUCCGGCGGCGGAACUGCUACGACGGCACCUACUACAGCGAGGCGCCCAGCGAACCCAGGCCCGGGAAGAACGCUGCGGUAUCGAGCCUUGACUGCCUGUCCAGCAUCGUGGAGCGCAUCUCCACCGACAGCCCCACUGCGCCCGCGCUUCUGCUGGCCGACGCGCCGCCGGCGUUGUCUCCCGGCCCACACGAGGCCGCCGCCCCGAGCGAGGGCGAUCGCAGCGCCCCCACCCCUACCCCCGACGCCGCUCCUCAGUGCCCCGCGGGCGCCAACCCCAACCGGAUCUACCAGGUGCUCUGAGGGUGUGGGCGGCCGCGUCGGAGGACGUCGCUGUCCACCUGCCCGAGGGAUGGUGCCCCUAGGGUCCCUCGCACCCAAAAGAUUGAGCUUAAAUGCCCCCCCCAACUGCGCUUUUAAAGCGACCCUUCCCAAGGGAGGAUAGGCAGGAGAACUGAUGUGUCUCCUGCCUCCCGCACCCCAGGGCAAGGACACAGCCCGUUUUUUCCACGCAGCACCCUUCUCUGAGACCCGCUGCGAUGGCCGUUAUGUGUUCCUCGGUGGGCCACAGAUGACUCUGGAGGGGCCAGGCCCUUUCUCUUCCUCGACACUUUCCCCCAUGGGGGUGGGAACCGCGCCGACCCCAGUCCCUUGACGCCGAGGUCGCUUAUGGGGGCGUGGCCUCUCCUUUUGCUAGCCCCGAAGACACGCGCUCUUUCCCACAGCCAGCGGGGUGCGCUCAGGUCCCAAGUGUAACAAGUGUAACGGUAACCACUCUCACCCCUCCCCCUGUUCAGGACCACUUUUUUGUAAUACUUUUGUAAUCUAUUCCUGUAAAUAAGAGUUGCUUUGACAGAGCAGGAGCCCGUAGGGCUGUAUUUAUCUCUGAGGCAUGGUGUGCGGUGCGACAGGCACUUUGUAUGUUUAUACUGCAGCGGGCGAGCCGCGGGCGCUCGCUCAGGUGUUGGAAAUAAAAACGCUAAUUUAUA